AUGUCUUCCUGCAACAGCUUCAACCUCGGAAAGACACUUGGUCUUGAGCUGGUAACUGUCCAAGUAGGAGAAGAGAAGCGGAAGUUCGUUCUGCAUAAACAGCUAAUAUGCGAUUCCGUACAAGAUUUUCGCGGUGCUUUUUCAGCCGGUGGUUUUAAGGAGAGCGUGGAAUCCAGUAUCGACAUGCCAGAAGAUGAACCCGAAGUGUUCGAGCACUUUGUUCAUUGGUUGUAUCGGGGUACAAUAUUGAAAGCAACAAAAGACGAGGAUUUCGAACGCUUGCUAGACCUUUAUAUCUUUGCCGAGAAGCUAUGCAUCAACGAGUUUGCAAAUAAGACCAUUGAUGCAAUUCAAGAUAUGGAUCUCCGGCCUAACCCUGACAUAACUCUUGAGCGGGUUCGCAAGAUGUGGAGAAACACCUCGACUUAUUCACCUUUGCGCACAUGGUUCAUUGAUGCUCUUGUACACAAAGCAUGGAACGAUGCAUGCAGCUCAGAAGAAUCCAUUCCACGCGUUGAUUUCUAUAUCAAGACUCUUAAAGAAAUGUGGGAAGUUUUCAAAGGGGAUUGUGAUCUCUGCACCAGCUUCUUCAUUGCAGCUCAAGAUAGUUUUUCAAAAUGGCAGAGUGCAUACCCAUACCCUCAUAACCCAGCGGAUCCGUUUAAGCUACAGCCCAGCUGUUACUAUCAUCGACAUGCAAAAGGGGAGAUUUGUCAUUUGCAGGAUUAUGCUACGUUUUGA